AUGAGGGGAGAGGGCUCGAGCCUCACACUUUCUCUCUCCCCCAGCUGGAAGGACGGCCUGGCCCUCUGUGCUCUCAUCCAUCGCCACCGCCCUGACCUCAUUGAUUACGCCAAACUCCGUAAGGACGACCCCAUUGGCAACCUGAACACUGCCUUUGAGGUAGCCGAGAAGUAUCUGGACAUCCCCAAAAUGCUGGAUGCGGAAGACAUCGUGAACACCCCCAAGCCCGACGAGAAGGCUGUCAUGACCUACGUGUCCUGCUUCUAUCAUGCCUUUGCUGGGGCUGAGCAGGCUGAGACAGCGGCCAACAGGAUCUGUAAGGUGCUGGCGGUGAACCAGGAGAAUGAAAAGCUGAUGGAAGAAUAUGAGAAACUGGCCAGUGAGCUGCUGGAAUGGAUCCGCCGCACAGUGCCCUGGCUGGAGAACCGGACCAGCGAGCCCAGCAUGAGUGCCAUGCAGCGGAAGCUUGAGGAUUUCCGGGAGUACCGGAGGCUACACAAACCACCCCGUGUGCAGGAGAAGUGCCAGCUGGAGAUCAACUUUAAUACCCUGCAAACCAAGCUACGGCUCAGCCACCGGCCUGCCUUCAUGCCCUCGGAGGGCAAGCUGGUCUCGGACAUUGCCAAUGCCUGGCGAGGCCUGGAACAGGCUGAGAAGGGCUAUGAGGACUGGCUGCUGGCAGAGAUCAGGAGACUUCAACGCCUACAACAUCUGGCGGAAAAAUUCCAGCAGAAGGCGUCCUUGCAUGAGGCCUGGACCCGGGGAAAGGAAGACAUGCUGAGCCACCGGGAUUAUGAGUCGGCCUCCCUGCAGGAGGUACGGGCCCUGCUAAGGAGACACGAGGCCUUUGAGAGUGACCUGGCCGCCCACCAGGACAGGGUGGAGCAGAUUGCUGCCAUAGCCCAGGAGCUCAAUGAACUGGAUUACCAUGAUGCAGCCUCUGUGAACAGCCGCUGCCAGGCCAUCUGUGACCAGUGGGACUCCCUGGGGACUCUGACUCAGAAAAGGAGGGAUGCUUUGGAGGUGAUGACAGGAGGGGCUGGUGGUGGGCAGCUUUGGGAAAUGGACCAUCAUG